AGCCAAUGGAGCCAUGCGUCCCCCGGAAGCCACGCCUCCCCACGCCCCCUGACCACGCCCCCUCCGCCGUGCCCUGUCCCGAGGCGCAGCGCGCACCGCGCGGCCAAUCCGAGCGCGGGAUCUCGGGGUCUCCGGGUAGCUGACCCCCGGCAGUCACGUGACCGCCAUGGCGGGGCCGCGCCUGGGGCUGCUGCGGCCCUCGCGCUCCGUUCUGCUGCUCUGCGACCUCCAGGAGCGCUUCCGCCACUCCAUCGCCUUCUUCCCCGAGAUCGUCGCCGUGGCCGCCCGCGUCCUCCAGGGCUGUCGGGCGUUGGAUGUUCCGGUGGUGGUGACGGAGCAGCACCCGCAGGUUUUGGGGUCCACAGUGCCCGAAUUGGGGGCGCAGGACCUCCCCAAGCACCCCAAAACGUGCUUCAGUAUGGUGGUCCCGGCCGUGGAGGCGGAGCUGCGGGCGAACCCCAACAUCGACGCUGCCAUCCUCUGCGGCAUCGAGACCCAGGCCUGCAUCCUGCAAACGGCUCUGGAUCUUAUGGGGAGAGGUCUGGACGUGCACGUGGUGGCGGACGCCUGUUCCUCCCGCAGUCAGGUGGACAGAGCGGUGGCUCUGGGGCGGCUCCGUCAGAGCGGCGCUUUUGUCACCACGAGUGAGAGCGUUUUGCUGCUGCUGCUGCGCGACAGCCGCCACCCCCGGUUCCGCCAGGUGCUGCAGCUCAUUAAGGAACCGGCGCCCGAUUCGGGGCUUCUGCCGCUGCUCGGGGGGCUCUGACCACCCCCCCCCCGACUUGGGGGACCCCCCACAAGACAUCCCCCCCUCUGGGGGGGCAAUAAAUGCCUUUCGA